AUGCAGACACCCUUGGCCGGUGGCCCUCGCCAGGUCGACCAGCAGCCUUUCGUCGGCGAACAUGACCUCCGCAACACAUUCGCUUUGGCCAUGUCAGCCAUGUACAAGACCGAGGUCCCUCUCUAUGGCGACUUGGUCAGAAUCGUCAUGGAAGUCAACCAAGCGUGCCGAACGCAAAUACCACUUGAGGAAAGACUUGACCUCGAAAGGCAUGGCGCCAUCCGUCUGGGGACACCGUACGAACUUCGAAUCAUACGUCGAAUCUUUGCUUUGAUCGGCCUGCACCCAGUCGAUUAUUACGACUUGUCAGUGGCAGGACUGCCUAUGCAUGCCACUGCAUUUCGCCCAGUCCGCCCGGAUGCCCUCAGAAAGAACCCCUUUCGUGUCUUCACCACACUUCUGCGGCCCGAGCUGCUGAGACCUGAACCUCGAGAAUUGGUCUUACGCCUUCUCAUCCGCCGCAACAUCUUUAGUGACGAGCUCUUGAAAUUGGUUGGCGUUGGUGAAGAUCAGGAAGGGUUCUUCGCCCAUCAAGCGGAGAGAUUCAUUCUCGAGGCCAUGAAGACGUUCAAAUGGCACUCGGUUGCCGCCGCAAGUCUCGAUGAUUACCAAAGGCUCGCAGCCGAGCAUCCUAUCCUAGCGGACAUCGCAUGCUUCAACAGUGCUCAUAUCAACCAUCUGACACCCCAGACGCUGGAUAUUGAUCGGGCAGAAGCCAAGAUGAGAAUGGCAGGACUCGCGGUCAAGAGCAGGAUCGAGGGCGCGCCUGCUCGUCAGUAUCCAAUACUGCUGCGACAGACGAGCUUCCUGGCACUCCGCGAGCAGACCAGCUUUCCUGUGAAAGGGUCGACAGCCUUGGUCCAAGGUUCUCAUAAAGCACGUUUUGGCGAAAUUGAGCAGCGCGGAGCAGCACUGACGACCGAAGGACGAAAAUUGUUCGACCGAAUCCUGUCAGAAGCUCUUCAGACAAUGGCAUCUGCUGAAGCUGAUGUUUCAGAACAGAUGUUUAAGCAAGCUUUCCUGGAAUUUCCGGACGAGUGGGAGACUAUGUUGAGGAGAGGCCUCGCCUUCUUCGAGUGCCGAUGUACGAUCAAGGCUCGUGGCUGGAAGCAGUCGACCACAGGUUCGAGGGUUUCUUUGUGGACGCUGCUAAAGGAGCAGCUGGUCGAGACAGUGCCGAUUACAUACGAAGAUUUCUUGCCAAUCUCUGCAGCAGGAAUCUUCCGCUCAAACCUUCACUUGUCCGGGGACGACCAGCAAAUUUUGGAGUCGGCUGAUGAUCAACACGGUCUAGAGUCCGCGCUCGGCUGCAAAAUUGCACAGUCGAAUUAG